AUGCAGCAGUCUCUCUCCUCGCUAGGUGACUGCCCCCUCUGUCAAGCACAGCUUUUUUUCAAAGCUGGCAAGAGUAGCGCACCGGAAUCAGAGACGCGCUGGAUGGGAUACUCGGUGCACCACGAUUUCCUGCCGAACCCCAGUGACAUCUCUCUGCAGCUGGACAACCUUAGUGACUUGGACGACGUGAUCGAUCUCGAUGACCUGGUCUCAUCAGACAGUGAGCGUCCUUCGCCUCCAGUUGCAGCUAGGACCUCUCUUAGUGGCAGUUUUGUUCCAGGGCCAGUGAGACAUCCACGCUUAUCGCUAAGAAAGAUGAGCACUAGCCAGGUGGGUAAGAGGAAAGCCAGGCCGCGUAAAAUUAAGCGUGAGGAGCUUGCAAUAUCUCAAGUCGAGUGGGAAACAGUUAGAACAGAGGGUAUUCCGCCGGAUAAGCGAUACGAUUGCGGACUGGCGAUUUAUGGAGGCUUCCUGAUAGUAGUUGGUGGCAUCGUUGGCAAGCUCCGGCUGAACGAUCUGCACAUGUUGGAUCUCGCAGCCCAGCCGUCGUCUCGCUGGAUUAAACCGUUGAUUAGCGGUACACCUCCUCAAGCUGGUAACCUUCUCCAGGUAUUCAUUAUCGGAGACGAUUUAUAUGCGAUUGGAGGAACCAUUGACGGCAAGUUUCUCACCGAGCUUCAUCGACUUAACCUCAAAUCCGGAGAAUGGGAGUGGGAAAAGCUGGAGGUUGCCGGAACACCGCCGUCAAUGCGAUACUGGUACUCCCUCACGGUAUUGCAGGGCAUGGCAGUUUUGUAUGGAGGUUAUGGACAUCCGCAGCGACUUAGCGAUACGUUUGCUCUUCGAUUUGAUACUGAGAUUCCAACGUGGAUGGAGCUUCAACCUCGCGGUGACAUCCCUGGACCGUCAUCGACUCAUUCCGUGUGUGUUGUCAAAGACCGCAUGUACAUUUUUGGAGGAUAUGACGGCAAAUACCGUCGCGGUCAUCUUUUUGCUUUUGAAAUUGAACUCGUGACAAAGGAACGCAUUGACUGCGUGUGGCGCAAGGUUGCGACUCAAGGACAUGGACCUGCAUCACGCUACACCCACUCUAGCGCCAGCAUUGGCUCCCAACUAAUCGUGUACGGAGGAAACACUGGGUGCUUAAAGGGCGACGCGUACGUGUUGGACCUCGGAUCUGACGUCCCGACCUGGAAGAUGGCCAAGUGCGAUCUUCCGUUGAUCCCUCGUGCCUGGCAUAGGGCCGUCGUUUACAAUGAUGCGAUGUACGUUUUUGGAGGGCAUACAACCGAGGGCUACGACAACAAAGUCAUGCGCGUAGCCUUUCAAGCCACAGCACCAUAA